ACACAGAGAGACCUGGAGCUGACAACAGACUACUACCAGGAGAGUGGGGGACUCUGGAGGGCGAGCUCAGGGGACUGUUCCUGGAGAGAAGGAUGGCACAGACACCAGCUGUUAUUGCAGUGCCAGAGGGGACAGUGUGUAACACAGGUGCUGUUUUAACAUUGACGUGCCCUCACAGUAUUUCCCAGGCAUGGUGUCAGAUAAUGAACACAUCACAGAACACACUGUCAUUCACCAUACACAACAUGAGUCCUUCUGCCAACGAAACGAACUUGAGCACUGCAACAUCUUUCAGAAACAAAUACAACCUCUACAUUGGUUUAAUGCUGGCAAUAAGCUCCAGCCUUUUCAUUGGCUCGAGUUUUAUCAUGAAGAAAAAAGGCCUAUUACGAUUGGCUGAGAAAGGAGUCACCAGAGCGGGACAGGGCGGAUUCUCUUACCUAAAAGAAUGGCUCUGGUGGGCUGGCCUUCUGUCAAUGGGGGCAGGAGAAGCCGCCAACUUCAUCGCAUACGCCUUUGCACCUGCCACUCUGGUGACGCCACUUGGUGCGCUGAGUGUCCUCAUCUGUGCGGUGCUGUCAUCCUAUUUCCUGCAUGAAAAGCUGAACAUUCACGGCAAGGUAGGAUGUCUCCUGUGUAUACUCGGCUCCACUAUGAUGGUAAUACAUGCUCCGCACGAAGAAGAGGUCACAUCUCUGCAUGAUAUGGAGAUUAAACUAAGAGAUCCAGGUUUCAUUACCUUUGCUACACUGGCAGUUGUGAUGUCCUUGAUCCUUAUAUUGGUGGUUGCUCCAAAGAUCGGCCAAACAAACAUCCUAGUGUAUAUCGCCAUUUGUUCUGUAAUUGGCGCAUUCUCCGUGUCAAGUGUCAAAGGCCUGGGCAUAGCCAUCCAUGAACUUAUAGAGAGGAAGCCCGUUUACAGAGACCCACUUUUCUACAUCUUACUGGCCAUUUUAAUUAUAUCUGUCAGUACACAGAUCAACUAUCUCAACAAAGCCUUGGAUGUGUUCAAUACGUCCAUAGUGACCCCUAUAUAUUAUGUCUUCUUUACCACUAUGGUGGUGACUUGUUCUGUGAUUCUGUUCAAGGAAUGGAACAGCAUGGAUAUCCAGGACAUGAUUGGGACACUGAGUGGCUUCCUCACCAUUAUCAUUGGAAUUUUCCUUUUGCACGCUUUCAAGAACACCAACAUCACAUGGAGCCACAUCACGUCUGGAAUCCAUAAAGAGAGAACAACGUUCCCCAAUGGACAAGAAGACCAGCACAGUUUGCUUGGGAAUGCUGAACAUUCUGUGCUGUCAUUUGAGGAUGACCAUUCCGUCUUAAGCAGAGCUAACCAACAUCACUGAGAGAAGCUGUGCCUACAUAGUGGAUAGAAGUCUUGCACCAUUCCUGUAUUGCUGCACGGGGUAGUGUUCCACAAUUCCUCAGACCUCAACAAACGUAUAUGUUCUGUACGUUCUGCACAGAGACAGAAAAAUGACUCCUUUUAAAUGGAGUAUUUACAUAUUUUAUAUGAGAACAAUUUGUGUUUUCAAACUAAGGUGGAAAAAGUUUUUCCAGUUUUAAUUAUUUUUACAUUUGACUGCUUUUUGUAUUACAUCAGGACAGCUGACUACUGGGUUGGAAGUAGUUCCUCCUCCAUCGACUGUAUUGUAUAAAAGGAUUCCACUCAUAUCGGCUCCAACUAGUGAAGAUUAUUUUUUUAAUAUUAUAUAAUUAUAAUAUAUAGCAGCACUUCCAUAAAAAGAAAACACGCAAAGUAGAUCGGGCUUGGUGUCACUAAACUGAACAUUAUUACCUGCUAUGUGAUGUCAGCCUCCAAGGUGUACAAGAUUUAUAGCUAUGGAAGCAGCUGAGGCAUCCACCUAGCAGGCAGAGGUAUCGCGGUUUGCUGCAGGCAAGUCAUAUUCUGGCCAGUUGGAGCUGAAUUGUUAUAUGUGAUAAAAACCACUGUACAUACAUUUUAUUUGCAAAAUUGACAAUGAUUUUAUUAAUUGUACACUGAAUGUAUAUUACAUGUUAGGAUUCCUUAAUGUUUUUGUGGCCUACUUUUCCCAAGCAUACAGCCAUGCCCUGUAUGAGCUGCUCUAACAAGUCCUUUUACUGCAGAUUGCACUACAAUGCUGUCCAGUAUCUCCCCAGCAAGAAAACUAUUUAUUGGACAUCUAAACGUUAGUGGUCUUAUAGAAAAUAAUAAUUGUAAUUACAAACAGAGAAUAAGAUCACUAUGAGAAGUGGGUGUAAAUCUCUGAAUUAAGUCAACAUGGCCAUAUUUAAAGUUUCCCUAUUUAAGCACAACGGAAUGGAUACAAUCUAACAUUUGUACUCCAAAAAUUCUUCUUAGCUCAACUACACCUGAUCCUACGGUAGCCUUACGAGGCCAGUGCAUGCGUUCAGGAUUUUUCUCAUAGAGGUACAGGAGGGAUCACUACGAAUCAUUAUGGAUCCAAGCAGAAAAAAGACAUUCCUUAUACAGUACAGGGUCACAUGACCACCGGCAUCCCGAAAGCCAGGAUGAUAACCACAUUCACAGUACAGUAUGUACAUUUAGGAAAUGGCCAGCUGAGAGAACUUGGUGUAGACAGUGCUGAGCAGAGACAAGUGACAGGAAUGCUCUACUUGUAGGAGUUUGGCAGUGGUACAGGGAAUUACUGGCAUCUAAGACUGGGUUCUUGCACUACAGGAUUGUCAUUUUGUUUUUUCACGAAAUACGUCGUUAGCCACAUAAUGGGGAUUGGAAACAAACACGUAUUGUCUAAUACAGGAAUUUCUAUGGAGGGUGUGGAACAGUUUGCUGAUCUUACAAAAUGACAAGAAUGUAGAACUGUCAAGUUAUGACCUUUCAGUUCUGAAUAGGAGUAAAUAUAUGCUGUUCUCUCUCCCCAUGUGGGUGACUCCAUAUACAUGAACUAAUAUAUAUAUAUAUAUAGUAGAUAGCAGGUUCAAUAUACGUCAGCCAUAUCUCUACACCAGCAGUUGUCUGACUAUGGAUAACUAUAGCAAGGUGACACCGUAACAAAUGACCACAGCAAAACCUGCAUAACUUCUGUGCACAUUUUAUCUUGCACAAAAUGAAAAGAAGCUUUCCAUUAGACUUGUGAAUUGGCAGAACUACCUGAGGAUACGGACUUUAUAGGGGGACCUUUCCCAGUGAUGCCGCGUUUCUCUCCAGUUAUCAGCUACAGGUUUAUGGUGAAAGCCAUUUUGUUUUAGUAUUUCUUUGUCUGUUUGUGUUCUCAGCAAUAUUACUUUGCUUGAUAACUCUAACACUAGUGUCAUUCUAUGGAUGAUCAAGAGAAUGUCCUAUUUUGAAUACAAUAGCAAUUAAAUUAAUGUACAAUAGGCACUCACUAUAUCUCAUCCACUAUUAUAGACUGUGUAUUAUAUAGAAAUGUCAAUUAUUUUCUAUUCUAUACACACUACGCAGAGUUAUCCCCUGGCAACUUAUCACUCAUGAUCUACCUCUUAGUACUUUGUAUGCAGACAACUCUGUAAGGCCUUCCUGCAUUGUACGUGGACCCCUUUCCCCAUUUGUAAAUGUAGUAUAGGAAGUAAUUGUUUUAUUUGUAAAUGGAUUUGUAUACACACACACAAACACACACACAUUUAUAUAUGUUUGUGUGUACAGAUAUGUAGAUAGACUUAGGCUCUUUUUCUAAAUUGCAGUAACAUUUAAACGGUGACAACUAAAUAACCUACUGUUUGGGUGAUGGCAUCAUGUCCUAAGUUACUUAAUAGCGUGUGAUGGAGAAUCGUCUCCGUAUUUAUAUCUGUGAAUAGGUUGGACAAGUAAGCAGAUCAUUGAGGGAAGUCCUAAUACAACACUGCCAGAACAUACUGCAUUGCAUGUACUGGUGAAAGGUGUGCUGUAUACUGACAGAGUAAGACACACACCAUAUGCUGGAGUUCUCAAUUUCUUUUCCUGACUAGAAUAUCAUUCUUGCUUGAUUAGAAGUCACAGACACCAGGGGGCUUAUAUAGGUAGAGUCGGGUUGUAAAACCCUUCACU